AUGUACUUGAGAAGAUCUGCCUUAUUGAAAAUAGGCCCGUUAACAGUUCUUGAACUUUCCAUUGCUACCACUGACAUUUGCAGAAUUGUCCAACGAAGUUCAUUUCCAAGAGAGUUUGCUUCACCGCAAAAGAUUCCAAGUGAGAAACCCGAUUCUGAAGGUUAUGUCAGUCCACUGCGAAAGUUAAACCCUAAAUUAGAAAAUGGAGUCCUACACGUCGGAGGACGACUGGUGAACGCACCCAUUAGUCAGCAAGCUAGACAUCCAAUUAUAUUACCUCGCAAUCAUCAUGUGACUGAGUUGAUCGUUCAACAUUACCAUGAACAACAAGGACAUGUUGGCCCAAACCAAGUAUUGUCAGAGAUACGACAGCAGUUCUGGAUUGUUCAUGGACUAGCUACUGUAAAGCGUGUGAUUGGUAGGUGUAUUAAGUGUCGUCGAUGGAAUGCACAACCCGGGAAUCAAAAAAUGGCUCCACUUCCUGCAGCAAGAGUGACGCCAGGUGAGCCACCAUUCUCCCAUGUCGGGAUAGAUUAUUUUGGACCGCUGUAUGUUAAGUACAGAAGAGGUACCAUUAAACGAUAUGGAUGCGUGUUCACCUGA